AUGCUGCCUGCUUCCAUUCCCGACGAACUAAUCUCCAAAAUUCUAUUGCUUCUUAGUUUGGAAAACAUUGUUCAACUCAAAUGCGUGAGCAAGUCAUGGAACAAUUUCAUCUCCGGUCCUAUCUUUAUUCAAAUGCACCUUAAGAAAUCGUCACAAAACCCGCAUCUCAUUCUCACACCAACUCCAAAAUCCCCUGGGAAAUAUCCUAUGAGUAGAGUCAAAUCUUUUCCUGUGUCUCGUAUACUUGAGAAUACGUCAAUCACUGUUUCCGGUGACAACUUCCGCAGUUCCAUUGGCAGCUGUAAGAUCAUUGGUUCCUGCCACGGAUUGCUCUGCUUGCUUUUCCAUUCUCGCUUUAGGUCACUGAAUGAUGAAUAUAGGAAGUACUGGUUUUGUUUAUGGAACCCUGCCACGAGGGAAAUAUCUAAAAAAAUUGGGACUUUUAAAGACUGUAACACUCAACCAAACACUUACAAGUUCACUUUUGGAUGUGAUAUUUCAACUGGAACUUACAAAGUCGUGACCCUUAGAAAGGUUCUUGCCGAACGAGGUGAAGAGAACAAAAUUGAUUGGGAAGGUCAGGUAAGAGUUUUCAAUUUUCAUGACAAUUGUUGGAGACAAAUUCAAAGUUGUCCUAUGAUUCCGGUUAUUCUAAUGAAUAUUCAUAUUAAUCAAAUUAAUAAUGGUGUUCAUUUGAGUGGUACUGUUAACUUGUUGGCUCUUCCCAAUUUCGUUCAACCAGCUUACGAAUAUGGUUGGAAGUCUAUUACUAAUGCUCAACAGUUUGUUAUUGUUUCACUUGAUCUUUCGACAGAAACAUACACACAGGUUUUGCUACCUCGUGGUUUUGACGAGGUGCCACAUUUUCAGCCAAUUCUUCACGUUCUUAUGGACUGUCUUUGCUUUUCGCAUGAUUUCAAAGGAAUCGAAUUUGUUAUAUGGAAAAUGAAGGAUUUUGGGGUACAAGAAUCUUGGACUCAAUUGUUUAGAAUUGAGUACUUGAAAAUCUAUCAUGACUUGAAUUUCUAUGUAGGCAGGGAGUUUGGUACUCCAUUGUUGCCAUUGCACCUUUCUAUGAACGGAGAUACAUUGAUAUUGGCAAAUUGUGAAGAUGAUCGAGCAAUUAUCUAUAAUCGGAGAGAUAAGGGAGUAGAGAGAAUUAGAAUUUCUAACAAAUUGUGUUGGUUUUCUACUAUGGAUUACGUUGAAAGCUUGGUUUCAACUCGUUGGAUAUCUGGAACUUCGACUCCGAACACAUCCUCUAUACAUGAAAGUAUGGUAGGAAAGUUUGUCCUAUUUCUAACAAACGAGGAGGAUGAACUAAGAGACAGUGAUUCUAAUGAUGAGGACGAACUAAGUGACGGCGAUUCUGAAGAUAAUGAAUGA